AUUAAGGCAAGCUGCCGACCGGUGAGAGAGUGAGUAAGGACACCGGGAAUAACGGGAACAUCUUCGGCAGUCGGUCCUCCGAGCUGCUGACUUUACUCCAGGACGAUGAUGUGUUUAAAGAGUGCGUUCCGACAAAACAGGAGCUAACAUCUACCAGGUGUUCGACCGCUGGAUGUUACUUUUAAAAGAUUUAUUUCGAACUGUCGUCUCUGUGCUGGCUGCGAGGAUUAAAGCACCGUGAGGGACAGGUGUCUCAUCCCCCCCCCCACCCCCCCUUCCAACCUCCCACUAUAGCCUACUGUAGUGUGAGCCGGGCCGGGAGUUUUCUUUCCCUCUUGUCUUAUCUUUUCUUUUUCAGUUCGGAAGCUAGACUUUUCUGAGCCAUGCUGUGGACAAGGUGGCUCGUCCUGCUGCUCUGCUGGGGGGCCACAAGCACCGAGCAUCAGGCGGAACAGAGGGACGGGGCCCCUGCUGUGGUCCGGCAAGACUCUCGCAGACAGCGGUCGCCUCCACCUGUGGAACCGUUGGAUUUUGGGUUUGUACCUGCAGCGGUGUAUAAUACCCACGCGUACCACGAGCAAGGACCUGUGGGCAUCCUCUUCAACAUCGUCCAUGCGUUUCUCUACGUCGUUCAACCCAACUCCUUUCCUAAAGAUCUGAUUGUGAAAGUUAUACAACAAAACAUGGGGGGAAUCAAAAUAGAAGAAUGGAGAAAGCCCGACAAUGUGGUCCUGUUACUGCAGUGGAUCUACUAUGAGUCUGGGUUCCUCAUAUGUGGCACCAUAGGUUUCCUAUUCGUGGUCCUCAUGCCCAUCAUAGGCAUGUGUUUCUGUGUGUGUCGCUGCUGUGAGAACUGCGGAGGGGAAAUGCACCAAAGACAGAGAAAGAAUGCUGACUGUCAGAGAGGUUUCUACACCGCAUCGCUCGUCUGCACCUCUGUCUUCAUAAUUGUGGGAGUACUUAUUGCCUAUGCUGCAAACCAUAAUGUCACCACCAAGAUAAAGAACACACGGCGGUUCAUCAACACCAAUAUGAGAGACCUGAAGACGUUCGCUAACAACACACCUGCUCAAAUUGAAUAUCUGACAGGCCAGUACACCACGGCAAAACACAAAGUCCUGUCAGACCUUGACAACAUUGGGCCUUUGCUGGGCGGUAGGAUCCAAAGUCAGCUGGAGAAAGAGGUGGUACCCUCUCUGGACACUGCGCUGCGUAUGGCAGGAGCAAAAGUUGAAAAUGCCAUCAAAGCCAUGCGGGAGACCAAGGAAGCCCUAGAAAACGUCAGCUCCUCCUUGGAGGUUCUUCAGGAGGGUACAGGGAAACUUCAAGCCAGUCUUUCAGGCGAGCGGGCCUCUCUCUCGAACACCCUGUCAGAUCCUGCCUGCACUAAUGGAGCUGUGUCUCACACCUGUAACACCAUCCGUUCCACACUGUCCCAACUGGGUAUCAAUGCUGAUUACUCCCAGCUUGCAGAUGUCAGUCAUGCCUUGACUAACAUCAAUGUAAUCCUGAAAACAGACCUCAGCAAUAUAGUACAAAAGGGUUACUCGUCUUUCAAUGACACACCAAAACUGGUUAAAGAGCAAACCAAAAACAUUGUUUCAGGUACACAAGCAUUUAAAAGCAUGUUGGAUAAGAUAGGAGCAGAGAUUAACAGCUUCGCCAAGAUGUUUCCAGUGGAAGCCUCUCUGGUCAAUUUCACCAUUUUCCUCAACGAAGGACAGAAAGACAUCGAGUCCUAUUACCCACAGAUUGACCAAAUGGAUUUCUACAGGUGGAUUGGCUGUGUGGCGUUACUCUGUACGGUAGUCCUGGUUGUGGCCUUUAACAUCCUCGGGCUGCUGUGUGGCACCUGUGGCUACGACAAGCAAGCUACACCAACAACCCGGGGCUGCUUAUCGAACACUGGCGGCAACCUGCUGAUGGCUGGGGUUGGUUUCUCCUUUAUCUUUGCCUGGGCGCUGAUGGGCAUCGUGACCGCCUUGUUUGUUGCCAGUGGCAACGCGGAGAAGCUGAUUUGUGAACCGCUAGCUAACCGACAGCUAUUCCAGAUCAUAGACACACCAUACCUGGUUCAUCCUGCCAAGAAGAACUUCCUCCCCGGGAUGCUGUUCCAGAAUGAGAACAUUGACUUGACAUUGGGGAGCAUGUACAGGGACUGCUUCGAGAACAAUGGUCUGUACCACGCUCUGCAGCUGGAGACGAUGUUCAACAUCAACUCCUUCCUCAACAGAACGGUGUACAACAAGGAUCUGGCCAAUGUGUUUGAAAGCGUUAAGAUUGACCUGCGGGACAUCACAUUGCUGGAGCAGGCUGGCAGAGACAACCUCCUCAACUUUGCCAACUCUGGGAUCGGACAGAUUGACUAUGAUGCUUACCUGGCAGAGGUAAAUAAGGGAGUCACUCAGGUGGAUCUAUUGUCCUUCUCUACCGACUUGGAGGCUCAGGCCGACCAGCUGCCACGUGGUGCUUUGGAAAAUGCACUAAAAGGGCAUGCAAGCAGCAUCAGACAAAUUCACAGAGAACAGGUGGUUCCUAUGGAGCAAGCAAUGAAAUAUGUCAGAGCGCGGAGUGUUAUGAGCCAGAGUAUCAAGCAACUGAAGAUGACAUCCAACAACCUACCGGUCAAGGUCACGAACAUCCUGAGUGCCAUCGAUGCCGUAGAGUACCUGAUCAGUCACAAUGCAUCCCAUGUGGUUAAACAGGAGACAAAGGGCUACACUGAGAGCUUAGUGGGAUACUUCAAACAGUACACAGCAUGGGUUAAAAACUCGUUGACGACAGAGGUUGCCCAGUGCAAACCCAUCAGUAACAUUGUGGACAGCAUGGAGAUAGUAGGAUGCAGCUUCAUAGUUGAUUCAGUGAACACAUUCUGGUUUGGUCUUGGAGGCUGCUGCGUCCUUCUGAUUCCCAGUAUUAUCUUCUCUAUCAAACUGGCCAAGUAUUAUCGAAGAAUGGACACAGAGGACGUCUUCGAAGAUCUGGGUAAUACAGGUAAUCAUGGUGAGCAUAUGUGUGAAAUCCAUGGAGAUCUUGCUGUACUCAGCUCUCCCUAUUGUGACACUCUGACCCGGUUCCCCCGGGCAUCUGCUCCACCAAGCUACUCCGACUGGUGAGCCAAAGGAACUCGUCGAUGAGCGGACAAGACACCUGGAACUGAUAAUUCCCUCUUGAAUCACUGGACUUUCAAACCUUCCUUCUCUGGGAAGAUCAGCAACAAUCAGGAACUGUGUGGUGAGGGCAUCACACCCCCGGCACCCCUCCAAGCCAUUUGACAAGGACCUCUAAUGCCAGCCAAUUGUAAAAUAUCAUGUGUUCUCUCAACCCACCUGAAUGAAGCCCCAGCAGUACACCAGGAGUCCUGUUAGUGUACUCAUUCUGUACAAUAUCUCCCAUCAGUACUAUGUACCUCCAUAGCUAGUUUUUACUGUAUUUGUAGAGAAAACAUUUGUUUGUACUGAUGAGUUUUAACAUGGUGACACAAGUGUACAUUUUUUACAGCUUUCAAAACUUUUGAAAGUUUUAUACAUUUUUGUUAAUGUUUGUUUUAUAACAUGUUUGAAGCUUUUGUAGUAUUAGCUCUUCUAUUCUUUGUGAAUAAUUGUAAUUUAGCUUGAAUCAUUUCGGUUCCACAAGUUACAUCGAUCAGGGAAUUCAAGGAUUGCUAAACAGUUUUGGAAAUACAUUCAUUAGCUUUAUGCCAAGAGUUAGAUGAGAAGAUGCACCUCUGAUAUCUUUUUAUGAAUUGCAAAUAGCAGAUUAGCCUAAAUUCAAAUAUGGUAAAAAAAAAAAAAAAAACAGCCUAUAGCCAUGAUAGCAUUUGUGCUUCUAUCUUUAUGCUACUAUCAGCAUGCUAAAAGCAUCAGAAUGGAGUUACAGUGCUAACAUGAUUAUGUUUAGCAUCCAUUGUGGCACCAUCUUAUCCUAACGAAACAGAAUAAGAUGGGCAGUGACCCAUUAUCUGAUAAUUAUCCAACAGUGUGCAUUCAUGUUUUUUGGGGGGAUUGACUUUGUCAUUUUUUGAAUGGAUACUUUCAAAUGUUGCUUACACUUGCUGUUUUCUUUCCAAAGUUGCCUGCCAGAGCUUUAAACACACAAGAUAAAAUGAAUUAGAAGUUUUCUGUUAAGGUGCUUGUAUGUGUUUUCUUGUUUCCUUUGUUCAGAGCUAGGCAAGCCAUGUAACCAUUUUCAGUCUUUGUGCUGUGCUCAGCUAUGCUAAGCUAAAGGCCUCUUGGCUG